AUGAGCGACGAUCUGGAGGACUCACAAAGCGACAGUUCAGAAGUUGACUGCAAGGUUUGGUCCCUGCGUCGACGCAUUGCCUGCCGCGGCCGCAGCAAGCCGAUGCCGCCAAUGGAGGCCUGGCAGCGACCUCCCGGUGCUGUGGCCUUCGGCCACAAGUUCGAGACUGCCCUGGCAGCUGCUGCCCGCCGACUCGCGAGACAUGGAGGGGCCUCACCGAAGAGCUACUGGAUUCCGGCUGCAGCACAGCCUGCAUCGGUGCUGCAGCGGUUUGCUCUGCAAGUGUUCCGAUUCCACACGGGGCGCUUGGGCUUCACAACCAAAGCCAUAAAACGUCUCGGAGGCGGCGCUGGUGCAGAGUUCUGGGUGCAGCGGCGAGGUGCGGAGGUGAAGAAGGCACGCCGCGGCAUGAACUGGCAUUUCGACAAGGAUGAAGAGCUGCUGGACGACUACGGUCUUUGUGUCCAUCCCCUGGUUGCCACAGCCACCUAUCUCACAGACCAAGGCGCUCCGCUGGUGAUCCUCUCCGCACCUACGCUGCGCCGCAAGCGGGAUGGCGCGCCAGAGGCAGAAGCGCCACCCCACAGUCCCGGGAGUGCUGCGGCCUUCGUUGCGUUUCCUGCCCGAGGGCUUCACGUUGCUUUCGGUGGUGAUUUGCUUCAUGGCGUUCCAGCAGAGCUGGAACAUGGGGGGGGUGAACGGUUGGCUCUCUUGGUGAAUGUCUGGCUGCACCAUCGGCCCUCCGGCCUCCAGACCUGUGGGAAAUGCGGUGGCGCUCCGGCCAAAGGGCCGACGAAGCCUGGCUCAGCUUUGCGAGUGCGUCGCCGGCGCUGCCAACAAGGUGGCAUUGCGAUAGCGCCAGGACUGGCCAAAUGGCGAGUCAAUGGCGUGCAGAGCCUUUGA